ACACCGCGAUGGCCCGUCUCUGCUGGACUCUGCUCCUCGCGGUGACAUCCUACCUCGUCUUCGAGGGACAACAUGCGGAGGGCGCCCGCAUCCUUGCGGUCUUCCCCAUUCCGUCCAUCAGCCACCAGGUGGUGUACCGCGCGCUGUCUCUGGAGCUGAGCAGGAGAGGUCACCAGCUGGUCGUGGUGACCCCUGACCCCAUCAGGGAACCGCAGCUCGCCAACUACACCGAGGUCGACUUCUCCUACAUGUACAAGCCGUUCCACGAAACCAACAACUUCAGCUCCGUAAGACAAGAAAAUAAGUCGAAGAUUGAAAUUUUUAAAACAGCUGUGCUCAGUGGAAAUUAUUUGUGCGAGACGAUAAUGGGCCACGACGUGGUACAAGCGAUGAUCGACCCCAAGAAUACGAAAGGACACUUCGACCUGGUCAUCUUGGAGUGGUUAAUAACACCGUGCAUGACUGCCUUCGCUCACAGGUUCUCCGCUCCGAUGAUCGGCAUAACGUCUCUUCCGCCGACGACGGUGAAUUACGAUUCCGUUGGUAACCCUACCAACCCUUCCUACAUUCCAGAAAUGUCCCUUUCUUACACCGAUAAGAAAAGAUCUUUCUGGCAGCGUCUUGAGACUACGAUUUUCCAAAUUAGAUUCGGACAUUUCUUCUACAGGACAAUCCUUCCAAUGCAAGACGCUAUAGCAAAACGGUAUUUCGGACCGUCUACACCAUACAUAGGAGAUCUCCAAAAACAAGUCAGUAUGUUAUUCGUGACACACAUAGAAGGUUUCUCCUCUCCAAGACCACAUGUACCCGCAGUUGUGAACAUCAAUGGCUUUAACAUCAAACCCCCUAAGUCUCUCCCUCAGGACAUCCAGGAGUUCCUGGACGGGGCUCCCAAGGGCGCGAUAUACUUCAGCCUCGGCAGCAACGUCAGGAGCGACCAGCUGACCGCCGACAAGCGCCAGGUGUUCCUGGAAGUGUUCGCCGAGCUGCCCGACUACCGCGUGCUGUGGAAGUGGGAGCAGGACAACCUGCCCGGCCAGCCUCGCAACGUGAAGAUCGCCAAGUGGCUGCCGCAGCAGGACAUUCUGCGCCAUCCCAAGGUGAAAGUGUUCAUCACCCAAGGAGGACUGCAAAGCACUGAAGAAGCCAUACACGCAAAGGUCCCAAUGAUAGGCAUACCUGUGUUUGCUGACCAAGAUUAUAACACCAAGCUGGGAGAAGACGCAGGAGUAACAAUGUGUUUGGAAUUGAAUGAGCUCACAAAAACAAUGUUACUUGAAGCACUAAAAAAAAUUAUACAGGACAAGAGCUACCGGGAGAACAUGGACCGUUUGCACGCCAUAGUGAACGACCAACAGACGACGCCCAUGGAGCGCGCUGUCUGGUGGACGGAGUACGUACUGCGACACAAAGGAGCGCAGCACUUGCGCACGGCGGCAGUGGACAUGCCGUGGUACAGCUACCUGCUGCUAGAUGUCGCGCUGUUCUUCCUGGCGACUGCGGCGCUCUUCGUCGUGCUACUGUCCAUGUCUGUCAAGGUUAUAUUCAGCAAACUGAAGACGCAUUUCCGCCAGAAACAGAAAAAGAACUAA